UUGAACGCAGAAGUUGAGAAAAAGAAUCGCUGAACAUCCAAAAAAAAAGAAACAAAAGCAAAUUUAUCUUAUAACAGCCAUAAAUAAAACUAUUUAAAGUCGCUUGCAAGAGUUUUUUUUAAGUCGAAAGAACUUUCAAAAGGAACAUCAACUAAUCAGUGGUGAAAAAUGCCUGACAUUCGCUUGGAGUCGUCCGAUAACGAAACAUUCAUUGUUGAUAUACAAGUUGCAAAAUGUUCAGAUACUAUUAAAACCAUGCUGAAAGACCAUGAAAUAUACGACUGUAAGACUAGUAUACCUUUGCCAAAUGUAAAUUCGGCAAUAUUACGAAAGAUAUUGGAAUGGGCGUGUUAUCACAAGGAACAUGUGUCUACUGACAAACAGAAGCCAACUGAUAUGUUGGCAUGGGAGGCUGACUUUCUUAACAUAUGCCAAGUCGAUCUAUGCGAACUGAUUUCAGCUGCAAACUAUCUGAAUGUGGGCGAUUUGUUAGAUGCUGCUUACGAAAAAGUGAAAAAAAUGUUGGGAGGAGACAAAAUACCAAAAGAAAUCCGUGAAAUGUUAAGAAUAAGAGAGGAUUCUUACGAAGAGUUGCGUUUAGAGAAAAUGCCUUACAUUCAUUUCGAGUCGUCCGAUAACGAAAUUUUCAUUGUUGAUAAACAAGUUGGAAAACAUGCGGGUUUUGGUGUAACGAUGUGGGAAUGCGAGUGGAUGAAAGGACUUGAGAAUAUUGAUGUGCUUGCGCCAAAUGUAAAUUCGGCCAUAUUACGAAAGGUAUUGCAAUGGGCUUGCUAUCACAAGGAACAUGCGUAUGAAGGCUUCGAGGAGCCAGCUGAUAUGUUGGCAUGGGAGGCUGACUUUCUUAACAUAUGCCAAGUAGAUCUAUUCGAACUGAUUUCAGGUGCAAACGCUUUGAAUGUGGGCGAUUUGUUUUAUGCUGCUUGCGAAAAAAUGGACAAAAUGUUGGGUGGCAAGAUGCCAGAAGAAAUACGUGAAAUGUUAAGAACUAGAGAGGAACAAGAAGCGGCCGAAGCGGAGUGGUUAGAAGAAAUAAGCCAACCUGAGCCAAUUUGGUAGUGAACUCUAUUUCCGUUUAUUGGGAAUAAGUUUCAUUAAAAUGAUGCAUUUUUCACACUUGAAUUUUGCUAAUCACGGGGAAGCAGGGAAUCAUCUGCUCUCUCUCUCUCUCUCU